CAUGUUUCUGCAUCGCGACGGACGCUGUCUUGAAGAUAAUUAUUGAUCGGUCUGCAACAGACAACCACACGGUUUCGUCUGAGAUUCGUGGCCGACUUUUGGGGGCGAUUUCUCAAUCGCGGUCAGCUCCUUCAGCUGUUCUAUCCGCGCUGGCUAAGCAACUGGCGGGUUUGCUCAGGACAAUCCACACCGUCAGUUCCGUCAACCUCGAUACUGCGAACUCCUGUGGAAUAGAUAUACACGCCAUACACGCCAGCACUCACCAUGGAGUCCUCACGCGGACCCCCUCGGGUCAAGAACAAGGCCCCCGCGCCGCAGCAAAUCUCCGCUGAGCAGCUGCUGCGCGAGGCGGUUGACAGACAAGAACCCGGCCUCCAAGCCCCGACGCAACGGUUCGCCGAUCUCGAAGAGCUCCAUGAGUACCAGGGUCGAAAACGGAAGGAGUUCGAGGACUAUGUGCGGCGCAAUAGGAUUAACAUGAACAACUGGAUGCGCUAUGCGCAAUGGGAGCUCGAGCAGAAGGAAUUCCGCCGGGCGCGAUCUAUCUUCGAGCGUGCGCUGGAUGUUGAUUCGACUUCGGUGGUGCUGUGGAUUCGGUAUAUCGAGUCGGAGAUGAAGAAUCGCAAUAUCAAUCAUGCUCGGAAUCUGCUUGAUCGCGCCGUGACGAUUCUGCCGCGAGUGGACAAGCUUUGGUAUAAGUAUGUCUACAUGGAGGAGAUGUUGGGGAACAUCCCCGGAACCCGGCAGGUGUUUGAGCGGUGGAUGUCCUGGGAGCCAGAUGAGGGCGCGUGGGGUGCAUACAUCAAGCUCGAGAAGAGAUAUAAUGAAUUUGAAAGAGCACGGGCUAUCUUCGAGCGCUUUACGGUGGUACACCCGGAACCUAGGAAUUGGAUCAAGUGGGCUCGGUUUGAGGAGGAGUAUGGGACGAGCGAUAUGGUCCGAGAAGUGUAUGGCUUGGCUAUCGAGACGCUGGGUGAAGAUUUCAUGGAUGAGAAGCUCUUCAUCGCCUAUGCCAAGUUUGAGACUAAGCUCAAGGAGUACGAGCGUGCGAGGGCUAUCUACAAAUAUGCUUUGGAUCGUCUGCCUCGAUCGAAGUCGAUGGCAUUGCACAAGGCAUACACUACCUUCGAGAAACAAUUCGGUGACCGGGAUGGUGUCGAAGACGUCAUCCUUGCUAAACGGAGAGUGCAGUAUGAGGAGCAGCUCAAGGAGAACCCGAGGAACUACGAUAUCUGGUUCGACUUCGCCAGACUGGAAGAAAGCUCUGGUGAUGUCGACCGGGUUCGUGAUGUAUAUGAGCGAGCAAUCGCACAGAUCCCUCCGUCGCAGGAGAAGCGGCAUUGGAGACGAUACAUCUUCUUGUGGAUCUUCUACGCACUAUGGGAGGAGAUGGAGAAUAACGACAUCGAGCGUGCCAGGCAAAUAUACAACGAAUGCCUGAAGCUCAUUCCGCACCGAAAGUUCACCUUCGCCAAGAUCUGGCUCCUGAAAGCCCAAUUCGAGAUCCGACAGAUGGAUCUGCAGGCAGCACGGAAGACUCUCGGCCAGGCAAUUGGAAUGUGUCCCAAGGACAAGCUCUUCCGCGGCUACAUAGACCUAGAGCGUCAGCUGUUCGAGUUCGUUCGAUGUCGAACUCUGUAUGAAAAGCAAAUUGAGUGGAACCACUCAAACAGCCAGGCAUGGAUCAAAUAUGCAGAAUUGGAACGUGGACUGGAAGAUCUCGAUCGAGCGAGGGCUAUCUUUGAGCUUGGCAUUGAGCAGCAGACAUUGGAUAUGCCCGAGCUCGUGUGGAAAGCGUAUAUCGACUUCGAGGAGUACGAGGGAGAGUACGAUCGCGUGCGGGCUCUCUACGAACGUCUUCUGGAGAGGACAGAUCACGUCAAGGUGUGGAUCAACUACGCCCGGUUCGAGAUCAACGUUCCGGAAGGCGAAGAGGAAGAGGAGGAGGAGGAAGAGGAACGGCCGGUCAGCGAAGAAGCGAAGCGCCGCGCUCGCAAGAUCUUCGAACGUGCGUACCAGCGGAUGAAGGAGAAGGAUAUGAAGGAAGAGAGAGUGGACCUGUUGAAUGCAUGGAAGGCAUUCGAAAACACGCACGGUUCUCCCGAAGACAUCGCCAAGAUCGAGAAGCAGAUGCCGCGGAGGGUCAAGAAGAGACGCAAGCUGGACGACGACCGGUACGAAGAGUACAUGGACUAUGUCUUCCCCGCGGACGACGAAUCCGCAGCGAACCUGUCGAAGCUGCUCCAGAGAGCCCACCAGUGGAAGCAGCAACAAGCCCAGCAAAGCGGACAGUCAUAGAGAUCGGCACAAAGACUCGAAGCCUAAUGGUCCAUUGGGCAUCUCUAAGCGCCGUGAUAUCUCGGAUGUCACAUCAAGUCACCUAUGUUUGGUACCACCCAACCUUGAAGGACAAUUCGAUCUAUGGUCAUAUGAACAUCACGAUGAGAGGGCUCCUUGUUGCGGGAAAUGCAUGUCAUUAUUCAGCAAUUCCGCGUGCUUGUCCUGUAAAUUAAUAAUUCCUUUUUUCUUUCCUCCAUCAUAGCUACUCUGCAUAGUCGGGGUCCACCCAUGGACUGGAAACAGCCGAAAAGCACUAACUCGCAUAAAAUUAGCGAUUUUCCCUUAGAGCGCCAAUCAUGUCCUAUUUUGGCAUAUGAACUUCCCUUCAAUAUAACCAGAGAUUAUUAUUAUUGAUAGUCUGCGUACUCCGUACUAGCUGUGCUGCUGUACAGAGUACGAAAUAAUAAUAGUUAACUAGAG